UCUCUGAGCUCCUCGGGCGCAGGAGAGGAGCUCAGAAAAGUUUUUCGCUGUCUGCUGUGGAAAGUUAAUUAAAAAGUAGAAUCUUUUCUCUGCUGGCACAGAAAAGUUUCAGGAGAAAAACUGAAGACAUGGCAGCCUCUGAACUUUACUCAAAGUAUGCCCGUGUAUGGCUCCCAGAUGCAGCAGAAGUGUGGAAGUCAGCAGAGCUUAUCAAAGAUUACACUCCCGGCGACCUGACUCUGACUCUGCAGCUGGAAGAUGGCACGGUGGUGGAACACAAACUAGACCCUAAAACCAACAGCCUGCCACCACUAAGAAAUCCUGACAUCCUGGUGGGUGAAAAUGACCUGACAGCUCUCAGUUAUCUCCACGAGCCUGCUGUGCUACACAACCUUAAAGUGCGCUUCAUCGACUCCAAGCUGAUUUACACAUACUGCGGAAUUGUCCUGGUUGCAAUCAAUCCCUAUGAGAGUCUGCCCAUCUAUGAAGCUGACAUCAUCAGUGCCUAUAGUGGGCAGAACAUGGGAGACAUGGACCCGCAUAUAUUUGCUGUAGCAGAAGAAGCAUAUAAGCAAAUGGCCAGAGAUGAAAGAAACCAGUCCAUCAUAGUAAGUGGUGAAUCAGGAGCUGGAAAAACCGUAUCUGCUAAGUAUGCCAUGCGCUACUUUGCUACAGUCAGCUGCUCCUCUGGGGAGGCCAAUGUUGAGGAGAAGGUCCUUGCUUCAAGCCCCAUUAUGGAGGCUCUUGGAAAUGCCAAGACAACAAGGAAUGACAACAGCAGCCGCUUUGGGAAGUACAUUGAAAUUGGGUUUGACAAAAAGCUUUCCAUAACUGGAGCAAACAUGAGAACCUACUUGCUGGAAAAGUCUCGGGUUGUGUUUCAGGCCCAUGGAGAAAGGAACUACCAUGUAUUCUACCAACUCUGCGCUUCUUCACAUUUACCAGAGUUUAAAGCUUUCAGAUUAAGUUGUGCAGAUGACUUCAACUAUACUAACCAGGGUCAGAGCCCGGUGAUAGAUGGAGUGGAUGAUGCCAAAGAGAUGUGCAGUACCAGGAAGGCUUUCUCACUGUUGGGGAUCACUGAGAAUGAUCAAAUGGCAAUUUACCAAAUUCUGGCAGCUAUUCUCCAUCUUAGCAAUGUGGAGGUUAAAGAUCUGUCCACAGACAGAAGCAGCAUCAUGCCAGAUAAUGGCCACCUGAUGAUAUUUUGUGACUUGAUGGGGGUCCCCUGUGAAGAAAUGGCUCACUGGUUAUGUCACAGGACAUUGAAGACAACCACAGAAACCUAUGUGAAGCCUAUGUCCAAAACGAGUGCAAUCAAUGGCAGAGAUGCCUUAGCCAAACACAUCUACGCCAGACUCUUCAGCCUCAUUGUGGCUACCAUCAACAAUGCCUUAAAAUCUACAGCAAAGCAGCGCUCCUUUAUUGGUGUGCUGGACAUUUACGGGUUUGAAACAUUUGACAUCAACAGCUUUGAACAGUUCUGCAUCAAUUAUGCCAAUGAGAAGCUACAACAGCAAUUUAACCUGCAUGUCUUCAAACUGGAACAAGAUGAGUACAUGAGGGAGGAGAUUCCAUGGACAUUGAUUGACUUCUAUGACAACCAGCCAUGCAUUAAUCUCAUUGAGGCAAAGCUGGGUGUCCUGGACCUUCUGGAUGAGGAGUGCAGGAUGCCCAAAGGCUCUGACGACACAUGGGCCCAGAAACUGUACAACACCCUCCAGAGGCAGAAUGCCCACUUUGAAAAACCCAGGCUAUCAAACAGAGCAUUCAUCAUCCACCACUUUGCAGACAAGGUGGAGUACCAAUGCGAGGGUUUCCUGGAGAAAAACAAGGACACAGUCAAUGAGGAGCAGAUUAAUGUGCUGAAAAAGAGCAAGUUUGAUUUGCUGCUGAAGCUGUGUGAGGAUGAUGAAAAGGCAACAAGCUCUUCUAACAAGCGCUCCGCUGUCAGUGGAAGACCUGGUCAGAGUCAGAAGGAUACAAAGAAGACUGUUGGACUGCAGUUUCGACAGUCUCUGCAUCUGCUGAUGGACACACUUAAUGCUACAACUCCUCACUAUGUCCGCUGCAUAAAGCCAAAUGACUGUAAAGCUGCUUUCAGCUUGGACCCAGUGAGGGCAGUGCAGCAGCUUCGAGCAUGUGGCAUCCUGGAAACAAUCCGGAUCUCAGCAGCAGGUUUCCCAUCUAGGUGGACCUAUCAGGAAUUCUUUAGUCGUUACCGGGUCCUUAUGAAGCAGAAGGAUGUGCUUACUGAUAGAAAACAAACCUGCAAAGAUCUCCUGGAAAAACUUGUUAAGGACCGAGAGCUCUAUCAGUUUGGCAAAAACAAGAUUUUCUUCAGGGCUGGUCAGGUGGCUUACCUGGAGAAGCUGCGUUCUGACAAGCUUCGCGCGGCUUGUGUGCGCAUCCAGAAGACAAUUCGCUGCUGGCUCGCACGCAAAAAGUACCUGAGGAUGAGGGAAUCCGCCAUCACCAUACAAAGAUAUGUACGGGGUCACCAGGCACGCUGUUAUGUCAAGUUUCUGCGAAGAACCAGAGCAGCUGUGGUCAUUCAGCGGAUGGUUCGAAUGUGGGUGGCCAAGAGACGCUACCAGCAACAGCGCUCUGCAGCUAUCACUAUUCAGUGCUGCUUUAGGGCCUACAUGGCUAAGAAGCAGUACUAUAAGUUGGUGUAUGAGCAAAAGGCAGUGGUCGUGCAGAGGUGGGUAAGGGGCUGUUUGGCGAGACGGCGCUACAGACGCACCCUGGCAGCUGUUGUCCUGCUGCAGAGCUGUGUUCGUCGCAUGAGGGCCAAGAAGGAAUUAAAGAAGCUCAAAGUGGAUGCCCGCUCUGCGGAGCACUUGAAGAAGCUCAAUGUUGGCAUGGAGAACAAGAUCAUGCAGCUGCAGCACAAGCUAAAUGAACAGCACAGAGAAAACAGAGAGCUCAGUGAGAGGCUGAAUUCAGUGGAGAAGACUCAGGCUUUGGAGAGGGAGAAACAGACGAGAGAGAUUGAAAACCUUCAUAGAUCAGAACAGGAGGCCAGAGCAAAGGCGGAGAAGUUUCCUUCGCUCUUGGAGCAGCUCUCCUUCCUUCAGGAUGAACUUGAAAAAACCCGCAGGGAGAAAGAUGACCUGGAGAGGCAGACCAAAGUUGACAGUGAGAAGACACAGCAGGUGGUAGAAGAGCUUAACAGGAAGAACAGCUUGUUGACCAGUGAGAAAGAUGAACUGAAAAAACAAAUCCAGGAACAAAAACAACAACUGGCAGAGAUUAAAACCAAUGCUGAGAUUACAAAACAAAUGGAGAAGGACUUAACUGAAGAACGCUCUCGCUACCAAAGUCUGCUGAGUGAACACCUGCAUCUGGAGGAGCGGCACAAAGACCUAAGAGAGGAGAUGGAUUUUGGUAUUAGUCCGAUGAAAUCCGAUCAGAACAGGAAAGAUUCAAUCUUCAGUAACAACUCCUCUGACUUUAGUCAAAGCUUGGGCUCUACUGGGGAAGAUGACAGUCCUGUACAAACAGAGGAUGAGUCCCAGUUGGUAGUGAACCUGCCGGUCCUUCUGAAGCUCCAGAGAAGAGUGAAGGAAUUGGAGCAGGAGAAACAAUCACUGUGGCAGCAGCUGGAUAACAGAGAGGAAAAGGCAAAAGAGGUAGAGAAGCAGAGGACUGUUGGCAGAGCUGAACUGGACUUGGAAACUCUGAAGCGACAAGAACUGGAGACAGAGAACAAGAAACUGAAGCAGGACCUUAACCAGCUGCGCAAGUCUCUGACCAAUGAGGACAAAGAUUCGGUGCCGCCUGCUCCCGGCUCUCUCCCUUACAACAUCCUGUUGGAUCAGCUCAGUUCUUCCACCGAGGAGCUGGAGAUGAAAAAAGAGGAAGUGCUGCUCCUCCGGUCACAUAUGGUCCGCCAGGAGGCUCUGAAACAUAAGGACUCUGCACUCGCUGAAGGUGUGAAUCUAGAUCUUGAAUUUCCCUCGUAUCAGGAUAUUGACAGGUCCACUGACAUCCACACACUGAAUGAGGAUGGAGAGCUGUGGCUGGCCUAUGAAGGUUUGAAAGAAACAAAUAGACUCCUGGAGUAUCAGAUGCAGGAGCAGAAGCGUGUACACAAUGAAAAGUACAGGAAGCUUGCUGAGGAGGUAAACAAGUUGAGGGCUGAAAAGGAGCAGCAGCAGAAGCUGCUGGCCCAGAGCCUUCUCCUGCCCGAGGACGCCCGCAUCGAGGCGAGCCUGAAGCAUGAAAUCACACGGCUGGCCAAUGACAACCUGGAACUCAUGGAACAUCAAGAGAAACAAGACAAAACCAUGCGCAAGUUGAAAAAGCAACUUAAACUUUACAUGAAAAAAGUUGAAGAAUAUGAAGGUGCUCAGCAAAAGAACAACCCCUCUGUGAUAAACACUCGUGGCAGAGUGGUGCACAUAACCCGCAAGGAGAAGGAGUACCAGGGCAUGUUGGAGUACAGAGAGGGUGACGAGGGCCGCUUGCUUAAGAACGUGGUCACAGAUUUGAAGCCUCGUGGUGUAGCAGUAAGCUUCAUUCCUGGACUUCCAGCCUACAUCAUCUUCAUGUGCCUUCGAUACGCUGACAAUAUGAAUGACGAUCAGAGAGUCAGUAAUCUGCUCAAUUUCACCAUCAGCAGCAUCAAAGGAGUCAUAAAGAGGAGAGGAGAUGAUUUGGAGGUGGUGUCGUUCUGGCUGGCUAACACUUGUAGAUUAAUGCACUGUCUGAAGCAGUAUAGUGGAGACGAGGCCAUCAUGAAGAACAACACUGCCAAGCAGAACGAACAGUGCCUGGCCAACUUUGAGCUGACGGAGUACCAGCAGGUGUUUGGUGACCUGGCAAUCCAAAUAUACCGGCAGCUCAUCAAAUGCAUGGAGGAAGUCCUGCAGCCCCUGAUUGUGGCGAGCAUGCUGGAACACGAGACGAUCCAUGGUGUUCUGGCAUCCAAACCGACAGGCCUGAGGAAAAGGAGCACCACUGUUCAGGAGGACACUAUCACAGUAGAUGUCCUCCUGCAGCGUCUCAGCCACUUCUACACCACCAUGAGCCAGCACGGCAUGGACUCAGAGCUGAUUAAGCAGCUGGUCAGGCAGCAGUUUCACAUCAUCUGUGCUGUAACACUCAACAACCUGCUGCUGAGGAAGGACAUGUGCUCCUGGAGCAAAGGCCUGCAGAUCAGGUACAAUGUCUGGCAGCUGGAGGAGUGGCUUGCAGAGAGGGAUCUGCACGACUGUGGUGCCAAGGAGACCUUGGAGCCUCUGGUGCAGGCAGCACAGCUUCUCCAGAUCAAUAAGAAGACUGAUUCCGAUGCCCAGGCUAUUUGUAACAUGUGUACCGCUCUCACCACAGCACAGAUUGUUAAAGUGUUGACCUUAUACACUCCAGUCAUUGAAUUUGAAGAGCGAGUGUCGACAAAUUUCAUCACAACUAUUAAAAACCUACUGAGAGGCCGAGAAGAGUCAUCCACUCUGAUGAUGGACGCCAAGAAGAUCUUCUCUGUCACUCUGGCCUUCACACCCUCCUCUGUGGCUCUGGAGACAAUCCAGAUCCCUACAAGCCUAAAUCUGGGAUUUCUCAAACGCAUUUAAACAGUGACACUUUGAUCAACAACAUGCAAGACAUGCAUUUGUGUUUGAGCUUUUCAGCACUGCAAAGCCAAAGAGUUCUUGCUGGUUGAACAGUGAAUCUACAGAGGAAAAAAACUUGUAAAGGUCAUCUCUUUCCAAACCUAACCUACUGCUGAUACAGGUGAUACAUGUGCUGCUAGUUCUUGUGAAGUCAUAGCUUAUUUUAUUCUUUUUGGUCUUAUUUUUUAAUAGGAAAGCUCAACUGCAAAAAUUUGGUCUAACUUCUGCAAGUGACAAGUCUAUGAUUGCUGAGACAAACAUACCCUGUCUUCUAUGAACUGGUAUGCUCCUUUAAUACGUUUUUUGAAAGCUAAUAAUCAUGUUAAGCAAUUUUAAUACGUUUCAUAUGUGAUCUAAAUGUCAAUGUAAAUGUUUAAAUGAAAUGCAGGAGUACUGUUUUAUUACUGCAAUGUAAUAAUUCUGUAACUACUAACAUCAGUUGAUGGUGUUUAUGUCAGGUAGAAAAGAGAAUAUUUUAUGCUGUUCAAUGCUGUCAGUCAUA